AUGUUGGGACCGCGCGAUAUGAACCAGCAGGGCGUCGAGGUUGUGGCCCUCAAGCCUGAACACCCGCCACAGGUUCCCCAGCAGCCGCUGGCCCUUGUCCACAGCCACUACGCCCAGGAGCAGAAGCCCGAUCUGAAGGAAGAGUUCCAGCCCCGGCUGGUCAUUGAGCAGCUCGUGCUCACGAACUUCAAGUCGUACGCCGGCAGACAGACGGUGGGGCCGUUCAAUGCCAGCUUUUCGGCGAUUGUCGGGCCCAACGGGUCCGGAAAGUCCAACGUCAUCGACUCGCUUCUUUUCGUGUUUGGGUUCCGUGCCACCAAGAUGCGACAAUCCAAACUGAGCGAGCUGAUCCACAAUUCAGAGGCGUUUCCGGAUCUCAGCUUCUGCCAGGUCGAUAUCCUGUUCAAAAAGGUUCUGGACCGCUACGACGAGAACGGCGAGCUCCAGACAGAGUAUCUAUCUGUUCCCGAUCUGGUGGUUUCCAGAAAAGCGUACCGCAACAACUCGUCGGAUUACUUCAUUAACGACAAAAAAUGCACCUAUGCGGACAUGCAGGCAUUGCUACGAGACCAGGGAAUCGACCUUGACCACAAACGGUUUCUGAUUUUGCAAGGGGAGGUCGAGAGCAUCGCGCAGAUGAAACCGAAGGCGGAGGGGAGCAGCGACGACGGGCUGCUGGAGUAUUUGGAGGAUAUCAUUGGCACAGCAAAGUACAAGGCCACCAUUGAAUCCAGUAUCCGCGAGAUCGACGUUCUGAACGAUAUAUGUGUGCAGAAAGAGCACCGUUACGAGAUCGUCGAAAAGGCCAAGGAGGAUUUGGAGGGUGGCAAAGAGAAUGCGUUGAAGUAUCUGCGCAAGGAGAAGACCCUGGCAGACAAGCGGUCGUUGUAUUUGCAGUAUCGACUUUUAAAGGAUAAGGAUCUGCUUGAAAAGAAGACAGCGACCCUGCAGACGCUGAGGGAAAAACUGGACAAGGAAAAAGAACAGACGGCACAGCACAACAGCGAGAUCGACGAGCUGACUAAGCAGCACCACGAGUUGAGCUCAGAGGUGAAAGCCAUCGAGAAACAGGUCGCCAGUCUCAAGAGUGCGCAUAAGAAGAUCGAGCGAGAGAAGAUUUCGAUGGACGAAAAAAUAAAGCACAACGAGAACCGCAAAAAAAAAGCCGUCAAAGCGCUACAGAGUAGCUCCUCUCAGAUGCGCGAGAACGAGGCUAACAUUGCUGAAUUGGAGAGAAGCCAGAAGGAAACCGAGACACAGUUAGAGGAGCUCAACUCGACCCUUGAAAAGGAGCAGGAGCAGCUGGAGGCAAUCAAGUACGAGCUUUCUGACAAGACCAAAGACCUGUCUGCGUCUGUUGAGAAAUUGCAGCAGCAGCUGGAGCCCUGGAAAGACAAAAUCAGUGCCAAGCAGGCUGAGGUCGACAUCAAGACGUCGCAGCUGGAAAUGCUAAAACAAAAGCAUCAGGAGCUCUUGAACGAGACUAAAGAAAUAGAAGGCAAGGCGGACGAGAAGCUGGAGCAUGUUAGGGCCAAGGAGAAACAGAUCCAGCAUUUGCAGAAAGAGCAGGUCCAUGUGUCUGAGCAGAUCCAGCUUGGGGAGGCUGAGGUUGACGAAGCUUCGAAAAAACUGAAAGCUAUGGAGUCUGAGAUCCGUGUGCUGCGAGACAAGCUGGAUGACGCCAGAAACAGGGUAACCAGGACAAAGUCGCGCAACAGGGUUCUUCAGGCGUUGACGCACUUGAAGAACUCGGGAAGAUUGCAAGGAUUCUACGGCCGUCUGGGUGAUUUGGGUGUGAUUGACGAUAAAUACGACGUUGCCGUGUCGACAGGAGGAGGGUCGUUGGACGAUAUGGUUGUUGAUUCUGUCGAGACCGCGCAACAGUGUAUCAACUACAUGAGAAAGAACAAUCUUGGGUUUGGCAAGUUUAUUGUCCUGGACAAGCUGCGAAAAUUCAAUCUUUCCAAAAUCCCCACGCCCAAUAACGUUCCAAGACUGUUUGACCUGAUCACGCCCUGUGAUCCGAAGUUUGCACCGGCAUUUUACAGCUCCAUGUACAACACGCUGGUUGCGCGCAAUUUGGAGGAGGCCAACAAGGUAGCCUUUGGAGCGAAGAGAUGGCGUGUGGUGACCCUUGAUGGUAAGCUGGUUGAUGUGAGUGGAACGUUAUCUGGAGGAGGCUCUAGGGUGUUCAGCGGCGCCAUGAAGUUGAAGUCUGCCACCACUAAGGGCGGGGAGAUUUCUGAGGCAGAGCUCAACGCGAUGGUCGAGGAGGUCCAUACCAAAGAAGACGCAUUUUUGAAGGCCCAGGAUGCCUUUAACGAGAUGGAGACGGCGUUGGCUGCUUUCAAGGACAGGCUGCCCGAGAUUGAGAUGGAAAUCUCGAAGCUGAGACUGGAAAUAGACAUGGACCAGCAGGAAGCCAAGGAAGCGAAAGAGCGAGCCAAAGAAGUUUCUGCCAACAAGAAGGCCAUUGCCGAUACUGAAGAGCAGAUAUCCAGGCAGGAAAAGGCGAUUGCGAAGUUGGAGGCCGAGAAGCAAGAUCUGAAAGACCAGUCGCAAGGCUUGGAAGACCAGAUUGCAGUGCUCGAGGAUAAGAUCAUGCAAGUUGGCGGUGUGAAGUUGAAGAUGCAGAAGUCAAAGGUGGACUCUGUUCUGCAGAAGCUGGAGAUUUUCAACGAGAAAGAGUCCAACGACUCGUUGCAGCUCACAAAGCUAAGUAACCAGAUGACGCGAUUGAACAACCAGAUCACCGAAAACGAGGCAGAAAUCAAGGAGGCGGAGGAGGCUAUCAACCAGAUACGUGAGGUCUACGACACGAGUCUCGCAAAGUUCCAAGCUUCGGAGAAGGAACUGCAAGAGUUGAGUGCGCAGAUGGAGGAGCUUGUGGAGAAGUGCGACGAGAUUAAGGAGGAAUUGGAUUUCAAACAGUCCAGGAUUGCAGAUCUCAGAAAAGGAGAGAUUGGGCUUGUCACCGAGAUCGAGAAGUGCGAGCAGAGCAUCAGCCAGUGCAAAUACAACAUAAAGAAGAUCACCAGCGAAAUGGGCCAUGCAGAAACGCGCGAUUUGGAGAGUCUUGUUGGCUGGAUGGACGACUGCGACACCAAACAGCGGCUGCUGGCUCCGCCUCCGGAAUAUUCGUCUGAGGACCUGAAGAAGGUGGACUUCGAGGCGUUGGCGUCUGAGAUCGAGGAGCUGGAGAAAGAUACCGAGGCGAUGACGGUCGACUUGGACAUUUUGCAGGAGUAUGCAAGACGGCACAAGGAGUACAACGAGCGCAAAGCGGACCUAAACGAGUCGGUGACCAAAAGAGACGAGCUGAAACAGGCGUGCGAGGAUCUCAAGAAAAGACGUCUUGACGAGUUCAUGGCAGGCUUCAACACUAUUUCGCUGACGCUGAAGGAGAUGUACCAGAUGAUCACGAUGGGCGGAAACGCUGAGCUGGAGCUGGUGGACUCGCUGGACCCGUUCUCGGAGGGCAUUCUCUUUUCUGUGAUGCCUCCAAAGAAGUCGUGGAAAAACAUCAGCAAUCUGUCUGGAGGAGAGAAGACUCUGUCUUCGCUGGCGCUGGUGUUCGCUCUACAUCGCUACAAGCCCACGCCGCUCUAUGUGAUGGACGAGAUUGACGCUGCUUUGGACUUCAGAAACGUGAGUAUUGUGGCCAACUAUAUCAAGGAGCGCACGAAAAACGCACAGUUCAUCGUCAUUUCUCUCAGAAACAAUAUGUUCGAGCUUGCCCAGCAGCUGGUGGGUAUAUACAAGGUGAGCAACAUGACCAAGUCGAUCACAAUGCAGAACAGAGAUAUAUUGACGACCUGA